CAGCAACUGCUGUUGCCCACUGCAAGAGAGGAAAUGGCCUCAUUAAAGUGAAUGGAAGACCUCUGGAAAUGAUUGAGCCCAGAACUCUGCAGUAUAAACUGCUUGAACCUGUCCUCCUCCUGGGGAAGGAACGAUUUGCUGGUGUUGACAUCAGAGUCCGUGUAAAGGGUGGUGGCCACGUAGCACAAAUCUACGCUAUCCGUCAAGCUAUCUCCAAAGCAUUGGUGGCUUACUAUCAAAAAUAUGUUGAUGAAGCUUCCAAGAAAGAGAUCAAGGAUAUUCUAAUCCAGUAUGAUAGGACUCUGCUAGUUGCAGAUCCUCGCCGUUGUGAAUCCAAGAAAUUUGGAGGACCUGGUGCUCGUGCACGCUACCAGAAGUCUUACCGUUAAAAUUGUUCUACAGUCAUGUGACAGUCAAUAAACAUAAAGAGAAUUUGAUAAAUU